GCCCCUCCUCGUCCUCGGCCUGCUCCCCUGGCCUCCUUGCUGCCCUCGUCGAAGCGUAGCACCUUCUGCACCCUCUUGCGUUUCGUUCUCUCUUCCUUCCUUACUUCCUUCCGUGCUCGGCGUCUGCUUCGUAUUUUGACUCGACCUCGGCCUCCAUUGUUGCCCGAUGCUGGACGCGAGAGGAGCCGGGAACCGCAAAUGGUACGAGCUCAAUCCGCGCUGAAGAAAGUCCCGUGACAGUUCAGCUCGAAGUAGUAGGAGAUGAUGAUCAUGAUGAUGAUCGUGAUGAUGAUUGCGAUGGCGGCCAUGAGCACGAGGAUGAAGGCACUGCCUCAGCGAGAUGGGCUGCUCGAGUAGCCGCAUCACUCCACCUCCGUGCGCUCUCGAAAUCUCUGCAUUUGCAGCUUCUGCCCACCCUUCCUGGCUGGGUAAAGCGAUGUUUCGAAGUUCCGACGUGCGAUUCGAUGGGGAGUCGUGCGAGCAGCAAAUUCAUCGGCUCGUCUGAAGCGGCGGAAGAAGUGAGAAGCGCCCGAAGGCCGGCUCGCCUCGCGCAAUGGAGAAGGGGGCUUCGGAUUGCCCGUUUCCCGGAUGCUUCUUCUGCGUCAUGAAAGAGAGCAAUCCCGUGAAGCGGCGGACGAACGUGGCCAAGUUCUUCAAAGAGCUGCCGUCGCAGAAUGAUCAGGGCCAAGUGUUAGCGAUCAGUGGGCUGUGGAACACGGCGAUGGCGCAUCCCAAUGACCCAGAGUUUUUGGAGCUCGGAAUCUUCGAGUGCAUGGCUUCGCUCAUCUGGAAAGGGAUCGACAAUAGGGACUGGCUAGCUCAGGACCAGAAUAUCUACAUUCCUUACUAUGCUGCGCACGUGAUAGGGUCUUACACCAUGAAUGUGGAAGAGUUCGCCGAAAAGGCUGUGCAAUCCGGGGUCAUAUCGCCUCUGCUGGAGCUGCUCAGAGGAAGGCUGACAUGGGUGGAGCAGAGGGUCGCGGUGAGAGCACUCGGUCAUCUGGCUACGUAUGAUAGUACAUUUCCGUAUGUUGCAGAGCAUGACGAGAUUCUGGAAUUGUCAAUACAGCUGGCGAUGGAUUCGCUUGAUAUUGUGUAUACUCAUUUUCUCCAAUUUGUUGACAGAAGAAUAAGCUAUCACUGUGAUCUCCUCACUCGAGGGACCGGUGGUGUCGAGAUGGAAUCGAGAAAAGCAGAGGAAUGGGCCAGCCAGCUGCAGUGCUGGUCCUUGCAGCUGAUUAACUGCUUUGCUUUCAAGUCCGAAUUUCUCCCCGUCAUAUGUCGACAAGACUUCUUGGCCAGACUCCCUGGAAUGUGGGGAGGCCUGGUGAACGAGACUUCCCCGGCAGGUGUUGGCCUCCUCAGAACCAUCUGCCACCAAAGAGCUGGCAGACCAUCUGUGGCCGAAUGCCCCGGCUUGGUGGAAUCUCUGUGUAAUAUAGCUUGCUCCUCCGAUGAUUGGCAAUGCAUGGCGGUCGACUGCCUCAUAUGGCUUCUGCAAGACACCGAUACUCGGUUCAAGGUACUUGAUAAAGCAGCCACCGCGCUCGUGGACCUCGUGGAGUUACCGUGCCUGGGUGAUCACAAGCGUGUGGGUGAAUUUAUAACGUCCGUGCUCUUACAAGACUACAAUCCUUUUCCUUCACCAGAAGUCGCGUCUAAAAUGUCAUCAGAGACAAGAAGUCUGCUCGACAGCCUCGCAGCUUUUCGGAAGAAAAUGAAGUGGGAGAAAAAUGUUCCUAAAGAAGAUCUGCAAAUCAAACAAGCGGCAGCGUUGGUGGUGAAGUUGGAAGGCAACGCAAGAUUUUCUUCUGGAGAUAUUCAAGGUGCUGCUCUGAAAUACUCCGAAGCCUUGGCUCUGUGCCCACUCAGAGCGAAGAAGGAGAGAGUAGUCUUGCAUAGCAACAGAGCACAGUGUCACUUGAUGCUCCGAAGUCCGAAGGAAGCCAUAAGCGACACCACCAGGGCAUUGUGUCUGCACAACCCUGUCAACCGGCAUGGGAAGAGCUUGUGGAGGAGAGCCCAAGCUUACAAAAUAUUGGGUCUGGCCAAAGAAAGCCUUUUAGAUGCAAUCAUGUUUAUCAAUGAGUGCUCGCAAGCUCCGGAAGGUGACGUCGAGUUGAAGCAAAAUCGAGUUCCUGAGUACGUGGAAAAGCUCGUAAAGAAGCAAAUGCAAGCCUCUUGGCUAUUUAAAGGAGCUGCAUUGAAGCACGGAGGAAUUCAGCACGAGAACGACUAUGACGACUUCCGGGAAGAAGACGAUGAAGAUUCAGAGUGGGAAACUGCGAGUGACAGUGACUCGGAUAAUAAAGAAGACGACUACGAGGCUGGCAGUGAGGAUGGAGAAGCGUGGGAGAGUAAGGACCCUGAUAAACUCCUGCGACUAAAGGCUGGUAUAGUUUUCAAAGGGAUCACCCUACAGGAUAUUCUUGGCCCCAAUUAUCAGAAUUCAUACUGAUUACUGCUGGCUUACCCAACACAACACAUCAAUUUCUUGUACAGAAAGUGCAUGAACACAUUUGACCAUGUGCAGUCUCACGAGGUCACUUUCGCUCAGCUUUCACCCUGCUCUUUAAACAGAGGGUAUGUAUCAAAAGUAAGUUAGAAGUUUGUACCACAAUUAUCCCUUCAUGCACCUGUAGAGCAAGAACAUAAGGAUGUAAGCAUCAAGGGAUCCAUUUCAAUGGAACAUUGACUGUCUCACCCGACAGAUUAUCUG